AUGGUGACAGUGGCUUGGCACACAGUUUGUACUCCUAUUGCAGAAGGAGGGCUUGGUAUUAGGUCUAUCUCUAAACUGAAUCAGGCCUCAAAUUUGAAGCUAUUUUGGGAAUUCCUUAACUCAGAUACACAGUGGGCUCAUAUCCUCAGAAGUAGGGUGAAGAGAGGCAUUGAUUUCAUUAAUCAUCAUCUGUUUUCUUCAAUAUGGAGUGGCAUCAAGGAUCAAGCCAAUACUAUUUUGGAGAACACAACUUGGCUUCUUGGUAAUGGCAGACACAUCAAUUUUUGGUUGCAUAAUUGGAGUGGUGUAACUCUUGUUGAUAUGCUUCACAUUCCUCAACAUUUGCAUAGGCAUUUGCAGUCAACAGUUGCUGAUAUUAGAACUGAUAAUCAUUGGAAUAUUCCUAUGGAACUACAAGAUCUUUUUCCCAACCUUAUGAAUCACCUAAAUCAG